UUUUUUUUUUUUUUUUUUUUUUUGUUAUUCACUUGGUAAAAUCCUAUCGACGCACGAGCUGGCCUCCACUACCUGCGUCUUAACUCGCGUGUAUAUAUAUAAAGCCUAAGUAGUUCGAAGUUUUUGAGACCUUGUUCUCGCCAGGUCUACCCAGUAGAAUUCCUUAGCAUUUAGUUAAUUGUUCUGUCCACUCUUCUUCAUUGUUCCCUCGGGUCAUUUGUAUCCGUCCUCAUAACUUCCAACAUCCAUUGCCUCAAUCCAUUGCCCGACCCAUUCCGGCUCUGAAAAAAACAAAAACAAUAAACAAGAAAUAAAAUAGAAAUAAAAUAGACACCAAACAAAAAAAAAAACACAAUGGGUUCCGUAUACAUCGCUCCGAUCCGUCUCGCGAUCCUCGAAGCCGACACCCCAGUUCCCGGAAUCAAAGCUAAGUACGGGUCGUACGGCGGGGUGUUCAAAUACCUCUUCGAAAGGGCGUGUGCGUCUCUAAACCCACCCCAACCCCUCUCUGCCCUACUCGAGCUCUCGUCCCACGACAUCGUAAACCACCCCGGCGACGCCUACCCCGACCCGGAGACGAUCGACGCCAUCCUCAUCACCGGUUCUAAGUACUCCGCGUAUGACAAUGACGACUGGAUCGUCCGCCUCACCCAGUACACCCGGCGCUGCCUCGAGGGCGGCCGCGUCCGCGUUAUCGGCGUCUGCUUCGGCCACCAGAUAGUCGGCCGCGCCCUCGGCGUCGAGGUCGGCAAGAACGUUCGUGGGUGGGAGAUCAGUGUUACCGAACACGAACUCACCGAAGAAGGAAAGAAGCUGUUCGGCAUGCAGAAGCUGGCCAUCCACCAAAUGCACCGUGACCAAGUCUUCUCGUUACCCCCCGGCGCCGUCCAGCUAGCCCGCACCGACGUGUGCGACGUGCAAGCCAUGUACAUCCCGCAGCGGUGCAUCACGGUGCAGGGCCACCCCGAGUUUACCGACGACAUGGUGCGCGAGAUCCUCGAGAUGCGCCGAUACGGCGGGAUCCUCGGCCCGGAUAUCUUUGAGGACGGCAUGCGGCGUGUUAGUAAUAAACACGACGGCGUUGCCGUUGCUAGGGCUUUCCUGCGCUUCCUCCGGCAGUAAACAGCAAUCGCUCGUGCGCCAUUCUCUCUUUCUCUCUCAAAGCAGGAAAGGUAAAGCAAGCGAGCAAGAAAGAUGGUAAGAAGAAGACGAGGGGGGAGGGAGAAUGGGAAGAUUAUAUACCUGGAAUCCUUAAAACAGCAACCGCAAUAAGACGGGGGGGCAGAAACGAUCCGCGAGGUGUUGGUUACACAAAAUAGGAUUGUACUUUAUUGACCGGUUAAGGGGGGGCCAAUCGGUUACGUGCCGGAGGGGAAUGGCAACUCCCACCCCCCUGAGGCACCACAAAGUCUCAUGAUUUGCGAUACAUAUCCGUUGAUGCAGCAUGAUGAUAAUGAUAUCUAUUAUAAGGAACUCAAUAUCAUUGGAGCCUAUGGAAUUGUAACGGUUGUUGACUUUUAUCUGUUUCUCCUAUGUGAGUCUGCAGGUUUUCACUUACAAGACGUUGAGUGAGUCUCGAGUCGAAGUACGGAUAUUUAUCAAUUAGAUGGGAGAAAUAAAGGAAAAAAAUCAUAAGAAUCAUUAUCCCUCAAGUGCCAAGGAAGAAAGUAAUAAAUGAGUGAGACAAUAUCACG